AUGAGUACACCAGGCAAUUGGCUACAAGUUCUAAUUGAUGCAUCAGAAAACCCCAAAUUAACCACUUUACCGUCAUGUAUGACAGUCAGCGACAUUAAAUCGGACAAUUAUGUUAGACUAAUAGCGACUGAUAUAACACUGGAUGAAGAACCACCAGCAGCAAAGUUAAAAGUCUUUCGAGGUAUUGAAUUGGAAUCGGAACAUGAAUUGAAGGGUAUACCGGCAGCCAUAGAAAGUUUGUAUAUUGAUGAAUCUGAACCAAAAACCCCAAUAUUGGCUGUGGCUAUAAAUGAAUCGGUGUUAUUUUAUCGUCAUAUGAAACCUUAUUUUAAAUACACCUUGCCCGAAUUGGAGGUUUUGGAGGAGGAAAAGGAAAUAUGGCGCAAAUUAAAUACAGUAAGAACAGAAGAUCAAGAAGCUCUUAUAGAGGGACUUAAGGGUUUGGAACGUCCUAAACUAACUAGGAAGUCGCAACAUUUGCUAAAUCUAUUGCCGCAGGACAGAGAUGCUUUUAUACGCGAACAAGGUGAAAAUAAUCUAAUACGCUAUCCCUCAGCUGUGGCACUAAAAUGUCUAGCCCGUGUUUCAAGUGGCGUUGCACAACCGCCUUCACAUUUAGUCAUUGCCACCGAUACGGGUGAAAUUUUAAUACUAGAACCCCAAAGUUUUGGUUUAUUAUAUCGUGCCAUGGCCUGUCCUGACAUAACCCCCAGCAUGUUGGCUGUCAAUGGUUGUUUUGAAACGGAUUUUUGCAUUGCUAUAGCCACCCGCUAUGGCUCUGUAUAUCUAUUGCGUAAAGCUGCCACCGAAGGUCAAGAAAUAUUUAAACUCUCCAAUCCUUUAACUGGUUUAGUUCUACUGCCCAUCGAUCAAACCAUAGUAGUAACAUCGAUGGACAAAAAUCUACUAUGCUAUUCCAAAAAGGGUAAACAAUUGUAUAUGGUGCAUCUGGAAGAGCAGCCCAUUUGCAUGACCAUGGUGAAUUUAACCCAUUUGGGUUUAACCCUAAUAUGUGUGGCCUUACAAGGUGGCCUAGUGCAAUUUUACAUGCAAAAAUAUCUGGUGGAUGAAUUUCAAAUUUGUGGCACCGUUAGUUCAAUGAUUUUUGGUUAUUUGGGCUUAGAAGAACAUGUUCUAAGUUUGACCACCAUUGAGGGGGAUUUAGUGAUAAAGAUUUUAAAGAGAACGGCUUCAUUUGAACCUAAUCAAAAGUUGUCGGGACGUGGUAUGCCUCAUAUAUCUGACAUGGUGCAAAAUGAGGUUUUGGAAAAGCCCAAAAAGAGUUCUAUAUUUGUGGAGCAAGUGGCCAGAGAAAAGCAGAAUGCUAAAUCCACUUAUGGCAGUUUUCAAGUGGAAUUAUGGCGUUUAAGACAUGCUGCUGCCAGAGCCACGGUUGAUGCUUUAAACUCUUCAGAGCGCACUAUCUCGGGUGACAUUACACAUGCCCCUGUCAAACUUUCUGCUGAAGUUUGUGGAGUUGGUCCCGUUUUUCGUUUGUAUUUAACGAUACAGAAUUUAUCAACUUACAAAAUGGCUUCGAAUUUAAUGGUUCUAUUACAUGCAGAUCGACGCCAUUAUACCAUACAAAAAUCAUUGGCCAAGCUACCCAGUAUAUUGCCCGGAGUUCCAUUAAAGAUUGAUUUCGAAGUAGUGGCUGUUUUGGAUAUUAAUGAUAAACUGCCACCGCACACCCUAACACCAGACAACUCACACAUUCGUGUGAUGAUAAUGAAAACUCAACAAACAAAACCAUUGAUAGCAGCCGUCAUAGCAAUGCCACAAUCAGAAGCUAACUUUUAAAGCAUAAUACUAGGCAGACAAAAUACUAUUUAAUCAUAUUAAAUAACCCGGA